AUGUCACCUGAUGGUUCAAUGUCCCAACCACCCUUACUCCAAGUAACACUUUCACCCGAAGUUCCUGUCGCUGGACUAAAGGAUAAAGUUACGAUUUCCGGAAAAUUUGCGGAAGAUAUCACCGAAACUAAAUUUCCUGCUUGUACUGGAAGUGGAUGUUCAAUUAAAGCUGGUGACCAGUAUGCCAAAACGGUGGAAAUUCAAGCACCAGGCAGUAUACCUCAUUUGUCUUUUAUGAUGAUUGCUAUGGGUAAUUCAAAUACUGAUGUUAUAGGCUGUGCAUAUGCCGAAGUUUAA